AUGACGGACCCAAUGCUGGAUCUUGUAUCUCGACCAGAUUCCCAAUUCGAUGACGAGGAGCACCUCAAGUCACAGAAUCAGGAGAAACAGCCCAAGCAAGAACAGCUGGAGAAUGGAAAGCAAGAGCAUGCAGCCUCAGCUCCAACGCCAAAACCACACAAUCUUUUACCGAAUACCUUCACGAUAAGUGGGGAAUAUGAGGACAACAAUAUGAAUCCGAUCCUUUCGUCUGUUCUCGUCGUCCUCUACUCCAUCCUCCCUCCCCAUCUCCGCGCAGCGAUCCUCGAGACUGCGCUCACGCAUCCGCUGCUCACGACCUUCUUCCUCUGCCAGUUUGUCUGCUCAUGUAUUCCGGUCAUAAUCUUUCUGAUUGGGGCUACGAUUGCGGGUGCUAUAGCGGUGGUGGUGUUUAGCUGUUUUGCGCUGUUGGUGCUGGGGCCUGUCCUGGUUGCGACGACCGUCACGGGCCUGUUUCUGUGGGGGUGGGGGUGGGUGACGUUUGUGGUUGGCAGGUGGUUGGUGAGGCAGUAUUUGAGCGAAGAUGGGGAUGGAGAGAAGGAUCGUGCACGGGAUGGGGUGAAUGGAUUCAAUGAAUACGAUGCGGAGAAAGUUAAGGAGGAAUCGGCUUGA